CUUUAGCAACACAUUCCAUUUAACUACUGUCCAAAACAUAAACCAACUCAGUUAACAUUCUAACAGACCAAACAGCAGACAUCAAAAGACAUCCAGAAACAAUGGAAGAUCUGUUUCGCCAAGGCUGUUCAAGAUAACAUAAAUAUAGUGUCUGGUCUCUUCUUGAACAAACGAUAAUGUUGAAAAAUCCAGCAUGCAGAAUCAUAAAUAGACGAAUUGGUGCUAUCUUAACAUAUUAAUCACAGUGGCACUCCUUCUGUCACAAAAGUAAUUAAAAGCAACUUUGUUAAGUCGUUGUGGGUCAUGUUUAUUGGCUUGUACGAGUUCUAAUUGUGACUGAUACGUCAAUUUGAUGUUUUAUGGUAUCGUAAUCCGUAUGGUUGAAAUUUCUGUGUUUCAGCAGGAAAUCUGGACGUCAAAAAGAUCAAAGAAGUCGUAAUGGGCCCUCCUAUCUUCAUAAAGAUUCGAAAAAACAAGCUGUUAACCCUUCUACAAACAAGUGAGGUCUUACAAAAGAAGUUGAUGAUCCCUUAAACAUCUGGCAUUACCAGAAAAAAUAGGAAACAAUAAAGGCAGUUAAAAGUGCAGCUAACGGCGUAACAAUGACAUCAAAUGAAGUGUAGACUGAAAUAGACAAGGGCUGGGUUGAUCUCAAAUAGCUAGAUCUAAAUCCUCAUUACUCUUACUGCCUUUAGAGGUGGGUUCAGGAUGAAGCUUUGGAAGGUGCUAGCUAGAAAUAGUCACGUUUACACGAAUCAACCUGGGAUAAGGAACCAGUCUCAAAUGGAGAUGUACGAUUACAAGUCUGUUUGCUCAACCAGCAUUUCAGAGGAUUCUGGGAAACAUUCUGAUGGUUUCUACUCAGAUUAUCAAAGACAACACUUGACAACAACUGUUCAGCUGAAGAGGAAUCCAGGUGAAUCCUUGGGAAUUAUAAUAGGAAAUUCAGAUCUGGGCUCAACUCCAAGCAUAGCCUCACUCAGGCCUGGUUCUGUGGCAGUAGCAAGCGACCAACUGGUACCUGGAGACAAGAUACAUAGCAUAAAUGGCAUCAACACUUCCAAGAUGCGAGCUGCUGAUGUCAACAGCCUUUUGGAGAACGUCGAUGAUAAUGCAAUGUUGGAGAUUGGCUAUUCUCUGCCUUGUUAUGGUUCACAACAGUCGAUGAGUGUCAUAACGAAGACUACAGAAGUAACACUAGAAAGAUCUGAUGGUUCCAUUGGUAUCACCUUGAGAGGAGGCACAGUCUUGGAUCAUCCUAAUUUGAGUAGACCUCUGAUUAUAACACAUGUUCGGCCAAAUGGACCUGCAGCAAGAACUGGACUGAUACGUGUGGGAGACAGAGUCCUGAAGGUGGAUAACCAGUCCCUCUUCAACAAGACCCUCGGCGAAGCCCAACAGCUGCUCAGAGAAAGCUGCGUCUCCAAGAACCAACAUGGCAUCACCGUAACCACUCUGACCAUAGAAUACGAAGUGAGUAACAUGGAGACUGUGAAAUACGCGACAGGGCCUCUUUUGGUGGAGAUCGACAGGACUCAAGACGAGGACUUCGGUGUUAUUCUGAACAAUUACGGUAGUGAUUUCGGUCUGGACGAAGUGAUAACCUCAGGGUUUUUUGUGGGACACAUUGUGCAGGCCAGUACGGCCGAUAGGUGCGGUGCCUUGAACAUAGGGGAUCAGAUUCUGGCCAUAAACGAUUUGGCGAUGAAGGACUUCGAGGGUAGCCUGAUGGAUGCUGAGAAGUUGCUGAGGAAGGCUAGGAGGUUGCAGAUCUUGCCGUUUCAGGCUGUGCACCGGGUGUCUAGGAAUUAUGGUUUUGGCCAAUACCCAAGUCCUAGCCUAAGCGGCUACAGUACCAUAAACUCAAGAUGCUCCAGAAGAAGGAACAUCCCAAAUCGACAAAGUAUGCUGCACAAAUCUUUCGAAGGAGAUUUAGGAACGAACAGCAUCGGCUACUCGACCAAUAUGGGCGUAUGUCAUACAGAAUCGCUCAGCAUCAACCUUUACAGCGACAGAGGGACAGGUUUUGGCAUAGGCGUAUCAGUUGGGGAUCACACUGACAAUAAACCAGCCGAUAUUCUCAUAUCUAGGAUAGUGAUGGAUUCACCUGCAUACAGGUGCGGAUGUCUUCAAGUGGGCGACAGGAUAACAGCUGUCAACCAUCAGUACAACCUAACCCUUCAAGAGAUCACAGCCAUCUUGGACCGUGGAAUCGACAUGAACAAUGUUUGUCAAGUUGCUCUUCAAGUUGAGUUCGACGUAGCUGAUACAAUAGUGCCUUCAAGUGGGGUGUUCACAGUGAAACUAGCUAAAAGAGGUCCAGGACUAGGGAUUACAAUAACAGCGUCCAAGGUUGCACCAGACGAUCCCUUCAUCAUCUCGGAGAUUUGCAGAGGCUCCAUAGCCCACAGAACAGGUACUUUACACGCAGGCGAUCGUUUACUGGCUAUAGACAAUCAAACCUUGACCCACCACACUGUAGAAUCUGCCUUCGAUAUCAUCAAACACUCAAGUAGCGACAUUGUUACUCUGAAGAUUGAAAAGACCGAAACUGAAGGAGAUAAUUUGUUUUUGGACAGUGUUGUGUACACUGUUGAACUGCAUAGAUACGGAGGUCCGCUUGGUAUCACCAUUUCCGGCAGUGAAAACAAUAGUGAUCCUAUCAUAUUGUCCAGGAUAACGGAAGGUGGUCUAGCAGAAAAAACAGGUGCUCUUCAUGUUGGAGACAGAAUUCUGGCUAUAAACAAAGAAAGCCUAGAGCACAGACGGUUAUCUGAUGCUAUAAGACUUCUGCAGACAUCUGGAGAUAGAGUACAGCUAAAGAUUGCACGAAACCUAAAACCCAAAGAAUUCAGAACUGACUUCAAGAUUGACUACUCCCUAGACUCCAGAGAAACUUCUAGCCUCAUAGAGUCACAACUUGAUGAAAGGUGUGAGUACUCUAGCCCUGAUGGUGUUAUGAGUGUGGAUAGCGCAGUUCAUUCAUGGGACAGUAAUAAUCCGGAUAAUACAACAGACAUCAAAGAUGGAGAGAGCCUGAUAAGUGAACCCAUAUCCAUACCCUUUCCAGAGAAGGAUUCUGCAGCAUCGAUUGACCACAAACACGAUUCUCAGAUACAGUUCUAUUCUGACGCUGAUGAAGUUUUUUGUCCAAGUCCAUUGCCAUUACCUAGUUAUAACUAUUCACAUACUUAUAAGUAUGAUACAGGACACUCAUACCAACAGUCCAACAAUUACAUGAAGAUGUAUGGUGAUGACUCUCUAGUAGGGCAUGAAGUAUUUCACGUUACAUUAUACAAGGAUUCUAUUUAUGAUGAUUAUGGAUUCAGUGUAAGCGAUGGACUUUACGAGAAAGGUGUCUAUGUUAAUAAAAUUAGGAAAGAUGGUCCGGCAGAUAUUGUUGGGUUGCUAAAACCUUACGAUAGAAUAAUACAGGUGAACGAUACAAAAACUCAAGAUUUUGAUUGCUGCUUAACUGUUCCCUUAAUUGCAUCAGCUGGAGAUAGAAUCGAGUUGGUUAUCGCAAGAAAUCCUUACAUAAACUGCUGUGAAAGGGGUGACCAAGAUAAUUUCCAAAAGAAAGUGUUUCCAGGCAGCCAACACACCAUCACAAAAACAUUAUGAGGCAGUGGAUUAUGAAAUAUUCAGAUUGAACAGUAUUCUUCGCAUUGGAUAUAGUGUACAGUUUUAACGUUUUUUUUCUUACUAGUGAAUGGAUUAAUAUACGAAAGCAAACAAUCAUUGUAUAAAAAUAUUUAUCUAUGAAUUUCAUACAUAUUGUUUAUAAAAUACUCAACAAUUUUAUUCUGUACAUAAUGAUUUUUAUGUUACAGUUCAAGCAACAAAUAAACUUAACUUUUAUAAAAACAUAAUCAUCUUUUACUUAAUAAAGUAUUACGAGUGAAAGUUGUGAAAUUUUGUCUCAAUAUAAAGUGAACAUUGCACUAUAAAAAAAAGAAGAGAAAUAAUACAAUUCACUUCUUAUUACAUGAAUUGCUUUGAUUGUAGAAUAUAUACAUAUAUUCGGAAUAAUCAACUUAUAUAUGAAAAAAUUUAUCUAACCGUCAAAAUACAUAAUUUACAGAAUAUUAAAAUACUGAAUAACUAUCAAAUAUGCUAAUCACAAACAUAUUCUCAUAUUUGAGUCUUGAUAAAUUUGAUGGGCUCUAUUGCAUACAAUAAAAAUUAUGGAAAACCAAGCAAUAUACAGAUGAACUAAAUAUAAAAUAAGAUUGAACAAGAAUUCUCAAUAAUGUGUACAAUAAUAAUUGAUGUGAGCAAAUAAUAGGUGAUUGAAAAAAUCACAUAAGUUAAUUAAAAAUAAAAUAAAGAACAAUAAUUCAAACUUCAAUGCAAGUUACAAAUAAGAUCCAACUUUUUCAGAUCUGACUCAAUUGUAAAUUUGGCAACAUUGUUAUGACUAGCAAACAACAAUAAAUACUAUAUACAGCUAAAUAUCUCCAGGACAAAAUAAAAUAAUAUUAUUUAAAUUAUUAUAUAAAGCUGCUUUUCUAUUUCGUUUAAUGCAAAUAUAAUAAUGAAUUUCGAUUUGGUUAAGCGACUAACAGCUAUGAAACUCUCAAAAUAUAUCAUUCAUAGCCUCUUUUCAA